AUGACUGAUUCGGUUAUUACUUCUUUUUUGGACACUGACUUAUACAAGUUGACAAUGCACGCUGCUGUAUUCUCAAGCUUUGCAGAUAUUGAAGUUGUGUACAAGUAUACGAAUAGAUCCGCACAGCUGAAUUUGAAUGCUGAAGCCAUUGAAUGGUUGAAACAGCAGUUUGGAUAUCUAGGUCAGCUUAAAUUCACCGAGGAAGAAAUUGAAUACUUGAGGAAACAGAUCCCCUCAUUGCCCCAGGACUACUUGGACUUUAUCAAGCACUUUAAAUUAUACCCUGAAAGACAACUUUCUGUCACUGCUGAGAAAGUCGCAGGUAAAGAAGACCAGUACAACUUGAACGUCUUGGUCCAGGGUAAAUGGGUAGAUACUAUCCUUUAUGAAAUUCCGUUACUGGCCUUGAUUUCUGAAUCAUAUUUCAAAUUCGUCGAUGUCGAUUGGGAGUAUGAAGGCCAAUUGGAGAAAGCACAAGCAAAGGCAAAGAAAUUAUUCGAAAAUAGUAUUAAAUUUAGUGAAUUUGGUACUAGACGUCGCAGAUCUAAAAAAACACAAGAUCUUGUCAUGCAAGGGAUCGUGAAAGCUGUUGCUGAAAACCCCGAUGUUUAUACUAAAUUACUACUUGGUACGUCCAACGUGCACUUUGCGAAGGAAUUCAACGUAAAACCUAUAGGCACAGUGGCGCAUGAAUGGGUUAUGGGGAUUGCUGCCAUCACCAACGAUUACAUUAACGCUAACAAGAAUGCUAUGGAUUAUUGGAUCAAAACAUUUGGUCCAGAAAAUGCUGGUUUGGCACUUACCGAUACGUUUGGUACUGACGAUUUCCUGAAAUCAUUUCAUCCACCAUAUUCAAAUGCUUAUGUUGGUGUAAGGCAGGAUUCUGGAGAUCCAGUUGAGUAUACGAAAAAGAUUGCUCAUCACUACUAUGAUGUCUUAAGGUUGCCAAAGUUUUCAAAGAUAAUUUGCUACUCUGACUCUUUGAACGUCGAGAAAGCUAUAGACUACGCUCAUGUUGCUCGAGAAUACGGACUUCUGGCAACAUUUGGAAUCGGUACAAAUUUCACAAAUGAUUUCCAAAGAAAAUCGGAACGUACAAUUAAAAGCGAGCCCAUGAAUAUCGUUAUAAAGCUGUUAGAAAUUAACGGUAAUCAUGCGAUCAAAAUAUCCGAUAAUUUAGGCAAAAACAUGGGUGAUCCCGAAACUGUUGAGAGAGUUAAGCAAGAGUUAGGAUAUGUUGAAAAAAAGUGGUCUGGUGAUAAUGAAGCCCAUAGAUGGAGUGCUUAA